AUGAGAUUAAUUCAGGUUUUGGCUUCCGCCGCCGUCUUCUUGACUGCCCCCGUUCAGGGCUACUACCCCACCCCUGCCGGCAGCAUACACACCGAGGUUGUCACAGGGGUCGCCACACUGACCAAGACCGUCACCGACGACUAUGUCUACUGGUGUCCGGAGCCCACUGCCUUUAUUCACAGGAAUGCCACUUACACUGCUACCGGGUCCAUGUGGGUGACCAUCACCAACUGCCCUUGCACUGUCACUUACACCGAACCUGCCUACACCGCCUCGACAUACUCUCCCGAUUAUGUGACUAUCACCACCGGGGGAACGGUCAUCACCUUGACUAACCCUCCUACCAACGCUCCUAUCCCCCCGACUACCACCAUCGGCCACACCGUCCCUAUCCGGCCGACUAUUACCAAGCCUGUCGCGUCAGCCGCUACUCAGCCCUCUGCCGUUCCCACUGUGGGUGCUGCAAACAAGGUCGGCGCUGGCUUUGUCGCUCUGGCCAUCGCUGGAGUUGCUGUUCUGAUCAUGUAG